AUGUAAAUGAUAUUUGUAUUCUUCUUGAUUGAAUGGAUUAAUUGUUGGAAUGUUAUAACUUAAAAAAGAAUCGUAGAGUCAAUGGGGAAUGAUAAUUUGAUUUUAGAUGAUAAUUAUUUAAUCUUGGCAAAGGAAUCCUUUUAAAUAACAUACAAGGGAAUAAUUGGAUAUAGGAGAUUACAUAUGAUAUUUGAUGCUUAAGGAAAUUUUAGUUAGAUGGAGAUAUUAAUAAAAGUUAAUGGAAUUAGGAGAAGUUUAUUAGUAUUAGAAGAGGAUUUUAAAGAAUUUCAUAUUGAAUUUGAGCAUUAAGCUUCAGAUAUAAAAAUAUAGUUUAUUUUAAGUGAGUAGUUCUAAUUAUCUAUUCGGAACUUUAACUUAUUUGUUGAUGAAUGUCCAAAGAAUUGCAAAUAUUGCUUAUCUGGAUAUUGUGAUCUUGAGAUAUUAGAUUAGUGUGAGAAAUUAAGAUUUAAUUAGUAAUGUGUUGAUGAAUGUCCUAAAGGAUAUAUAGCUGAAUUUAGAGAAUGCAUAAAAACAAGUAUAGAUAUAGAUAUAAAUAAGGUUUAAAUUAGUUAGGAUUAAAUGAAAAGAAUCAAAAAAUUGAAUUUGGAUUAAAAAAGAAAUUUGGAGAGAUGCAAGAAUUACAUUUUGAAUUCGAAUAUCAUUUUAGUGGAUGGUUAGAAAUUGUUUUUAAUUGUUACGGUAAUUAAUAGAAUCAUUAUAAUUCAAUUUUAAAGAUUUCAAAAGAAAAUACUCAACCUGAAACUGUUCAUCCUUUCUUAUCUAUUUAUUAUAAUACAUAAUCUUAUAAAUAAUGUUAAUCAAAUUAUGAAUUAGAUUGUGUCUAAGUUACAGGUUUGUUUAAAAUGGAUUUUGAAGAAUAAAAUAAUAUUAAAAUAUAUAGUUUUUCAAAGAGUAUUGAAAAUUAUGGAUUUUGGAGUAUUAAUGAAAUAAAAUUUUAUGAUAAAUAAUAAAAAUUUUACGAAUGUUUAAUAGAUGAAUGUGAAAAAUGUUCAUUUAAUCAUCUAUGUAAUUAAUGCAAAAUAAAUACAUAUUUGUAUGAAAAUAAAUGCAUUAAAGAAUGUCCUUAUUUUACAGUUUAAAUAGAUGGUAAAUGUAUAAAAAUAGAGGAAUAAUAAAAAGGUAUAAUUUAAAAUAGAUUUUUAGAUAUUACAUUUCUUAUAAAAUUAUAUUCACCAUUUUAGGAUUUAUAAACAAUUUUAGGUUAGAAAACUUUUGAAAUGAAAGAAGAAAUAAAUUUUAGAUAUGAAAAUGGAACUACAUUAAUAGGUGGAGGAUUAAAAGAUAAUUGGAGAAGAACAACAUUUACUAAAUAAUUGAAUCUUGGAAAACAUUAUUCAAUUAGGCUGAUGUUUAAUAUAUCAUUUGAGAAUUCAACAUCAGAUUCAGAUUGUUUUACAUACACAAUAGAUGGUAAAACAUUUUAUGUACGUAAAAAUGUAUCUUAUAUUGAUCAUACACUCUAUCAUAAUAAGAACAUUCUAAAUAUGAAUUUAGGAUGCAAAUUCUCGAGUAAUGGUAGAUGUGUUAUCUCUAAUUAUUAUUUUAUGACAAUGAAAGUAAUAAAGUAAAAUAAUAUAGUGUUCUUCACUGUGUCUUUAAUGUGUAGGUUCUCUUGCAUCAGAUUGCAAAGCUUAUUAAAAAAAUAUUGAAAAAUUUGACUAUCUAAAAUUAUAAUGUUUAGAAGGUUACUAUUUAGAUGAUAGUGGUUGUCAAAAAUGUUCUAUUGGUUGCUAGAUUUGCGAAUCUUAUAAUAAGUGUUUAAAAUGUAAAGAAAAUUCAGAUGGAUAAUUUUAUUGUUAGCCUUAUAUUUGA